AUGGGAGGAGACAACAACAGCUCCUUCAAAGGUUUCAUCCUGAUGGGUGUCUCUGACCAUCCCCAACUGGAGAUGAUCUUUUUUGUUGUUAUCCUGUUCUCCUACCUGUUAACCUUGGUGGGCAACUUGACCAUUAUCCUAAUAUCACGCCUGGAUGCCCGGCUUCACACACCCAUGUAUUUUUUCCUCAGUAACCUCUCCACCCUUGACCUUGCCUUUACCACAAGCUCAGUCCCUCAGAUGCUAUUGAAUCUGUGGGGACCAAACAAAACUAUCAGCUAUGGUGGCUGUAUAAUCCAGUUAUAUGUCUUCCUCUGGCUAGGUGCCACCGAGUGCAUCCUGUUGCUUGUAAUGGCAUUUGAUCGCUAUGUAGCUGUUUGCCGGCCCCUGCAUUACAUGAUCAUCAUGAGUCCUCGGCUUUGCUGGCAGCUAGCUGCUGUGGCCUGGCUAGGAGGCCUGGGAAACUCCCUAAUUCAGUCAACAUUCACACUGCAGCUCCCAUUAUGUGGACACCAGGAAGUUGACAAUUUCCUCUGUGAAGUACCAGCUCUGAUCAAGUUGGCCUGUGUUGACACAAGCCUCAAUGAAGCUGUACUCAAUGGUGUCUGUGCUUUCUUCACUGCAGUGCCCCUGAGCAUCAUCCUCAUCUCCUAUGGUCACAUUGCCCGGGCUGUUCUGAAGAUUCAAUCAGCUGAAGGCCGCCGUAAGGCCUUCAAUACUUGUGGUUCUCAUUUAACAGUAGUAUUCCUCUUUUAUGGCUCAGCUAUUUAUGCCUACCUACUGCCAGCCAAGAAUAGUUCCCAAGACCAGGGCAAAUUCAUCUCUCUGUUUUAUUCAGUAGUCACACCCAUGGUGAAUCCCCUCAUCUACACUCUGAGGAACAAAGAGGUGAAGGGGGCACUAAGAAAGUUGUUGGAAAAGAAGGGGCGACAAGAACACUCAGAGCCAAUGCUCCUUCCACUGUACCAAGUGCCUCCUAAGGUCCCUUCUAGUUCCACCAUUCUACAAGGCAUGCGCUACCCACCGUUCCCCGUCUCUUCACUCCAAAAAGUAGGCCACGCCUCUCACACGCCAAGGCACAUGAUGCCAGGAGAGGGGCAUAGUUGCGAUGUACUGUGUUUGGAAAUGCGAAAGCCACAGGGGGCGCUGGAGACAAGGCGCUACGGCUGUGACGGGUCGGGAACGGGAAUCAGUGCUUUGGGUGAUAAGUCAAGAAUCCUUCUCUCUCAAAGUGGGGUUUACUGUUCAUUUAUAGGACGGCGUGGCGGGGGAGGGGGGGUCGGAGGCGGAGAAGCGAGGGUUUCUCUACUCCCUAGCUUCUUAAAACUGUGGAUCGUGGCCCUAUAUGAGAUCGCGUAA